CAGCUACCAUGGUGAUGGGACGUAGAGCGCUCGGGUGUUUUGCGACGCUUCCGGCUGCAGUGUACGAGUGGCGGUGAUUUGGAGUGUGGGGUCGGGCUUGGUGCAGGCCGCAGUCCUCGCCAUGGAGGUUCCACUCCCCCCAGAGGACCAGGAGCUUCGGAAUGUCAUUGACAAACUAGCACAAUUUGUGGCCAGAAAUGGACCCGAAUUUGAGAACAUGACGAUGGGGAAGCAGAAAGAAAACCCUAAGUUCUCUUUCCUGUUCGGAGGAGAAUUCUUCAACUACUACAAGUAUAAACUUGCCAUGGAGCAGCAGCAACUGCUUUGCAAGCAAGCCCAGGACAUAGAGCCCAGUCCUCAGAUCACUAUUCCCCCUCCAGCAUUGCCUCUACCCCCUACUCUGGUUCCACCUCCGCAAGGUGCACCUUCUAUAGAGGACCUUAUACAACAAAGCCAGUGGAAUUUGCAACAGCAAGAACAGCAGCUGCUCACAAUGAGACAGGAGCAAGUCACGGCUGCAGUGGCACAUGCUGCUGAACAACAGUUGCAGAAAUUGCGUGAAGAAUCGCAUCUGGACACGACUGAGUUUGAUAACUUGCUGCAACCAAUCAUUGACACGUGUACCAAGGAUGCCAUAUCGGCAGGCAAGAAUUGGAUGUUCAGCAAUGCCAAAACCCCUCAGCAUUGUGAGCUUAUGGCUGGUCACUUGCGAAAUCGGAUUACGGCUGAAGGAGCACACUUCGAAUUGCGUCUGCAUUUGAUUUACUUAACUAAUGAUGUUCUCCAUCACUGUCAGAGAAAGCAAGCUCGAGAACUUCUGGCAGCUCUUCAGAAAGUAGUGGUCCCUAUUUACUGUACCAGUUUCUUAGCAGUGGAAGAAGACAAGCAACAGAAGAUUGCACGUCUGCUCCAGCUUUGGGAGAAGAAUGGUUAUUUUGAUGAAGCUACAAUCCAGCAACUGCAGAGUCCUGCCCUUGGUUUGGGACAGUACCAGGCUUCUUUAUUGAGCGAGUACUCCACUGUGGUGCAACCUAUUCUCAUGGCAUUCCAGCAACAGAUCCAAACCCUGAAAACACAACAUGAAGAGUUUGUAGCCAGCUUAAAACAGCAGCAGCAACAACAACAACAACAGCAGCAGCAACAACAACAACAGCAGCAGCAGCAGCAGCAGCAACAGCAGCAGCAACAACAGCAGCAGAUCCAGAUCCCAGUGAUAGAGCAAAUUCCAGAGCCUCCUGCACCUGCUCCUGCACCAGCUCAAGUGCCCCCACCAGAGGAAGUGAAACCCGCACUUGCUAUCCCGACUCCGACAGAAUUUGAGCCCCCUCCUGGAACUGUACCGGAUCCUGCUGCAGCUAGAGGUCCAGCUCCUCUUGAACAGAUGCCUCCUAACAAACCACCUUGGUUUGACCAGCCCCAGCCUAUGGCUCCCUGGGGGCAGCAGCAGCCUUGUGAGCAGCCUCCUUUUCCUCAUCACCAGGCACCCCCACCACACUGUCCUCCAUGGAAUAAUAGCCAUGAAAGUAUGUGGAGUGAUCGGGAUCCUAACUGGAACAAUGAGCCAGAACCAGCAUGGAACAGCCAGAGGGAACCUCCAUGGAAUAACCAGUUUGAUGCCCCUUGGAGUAAUCAGCAUGAACAGCCUCCGUGGGGUGGUUCUCAGAGAGAUCCCCAUUUUCGCAUGCAGCGUCCUCCACAUUUUCGAGGGCCUUUCCCUCCUCAUCAGCAACAUCCACCUCAGUUUAACCAGCCACCGCACCCUCACAACUUCAAUCGAUUUCCUCCACGGUUUAUGCAGGAUGACUUUGCCCCACGCCACCCCUUUGAGCGACCACCUUUCCCUCACCGAUUUGAUUAUCCUCAAGGAGACUUUCCUUCAGAUAUGGGACCACCACAUCAUCACCAAGGCCACAGAAUGCCACAUCCAGGCAUGAAUGAACAUCCUCCAUGGGGAGGUCCCCAACACCAAGACUUUGGCCCCCCGCCACAUGGGUUUAACGGUCAGCCGCCUCAUAUGCGUAGACCAGGGCCCCCACACGUCAACCAUGAUGACCCCAGCCUUGUUCCGAAUGUUCCAUACUUUGACCUUCCUGCGGGACUUAUGGCACCAUUGGUUAAGCUUGAAGACCAUGAGUACAAACCUCUUGACCCCAAAGAUAUCCGCCUCCCUCCUCCAAUGCCACCUAGUGAAAGGCUUUUGGCUGCUGUUGAGGCUUUUUACAGCCCUCCGUCACAUGACAGACCCCGAAACAGUGAAGGCUGGGAGCAGAAUGGCCUUUAUGAAUUCUUUAGAGCAAAGAUGAGGGCCCGUCGACGAAAAGGCCAAGACAAGAGGAGCAGUAGGACAUCGAGGUCUAAAAGUCGGUCAAAAAGUCGGGGCCGUUCUUCUUCACGUUCACAAUCUAGAUCUUCAAAGUCAUCUCGCUCCUAUUCUGGGUCUCGGUCAAGAUCUCAUUCUCGAUCCAGGUCAUAUUCUCACUCCAGGUCCAGGAGCAGAAGCAGGUCUCGGUCAUCUCGAAGCCAGUCAAGGUCAAGGUCCAGAUCAAGAUCAAAAUCUUACUCACCUGGAAGACGGCGCAGAUCUAGAUCUCGCAGUGCUACCCCUCCCUCCUCUUCAGGUUUGGGUUCCACAUCGGGAGGAACUCCAACAAGCAUCCGUCUCGGGGAGGAGAACAAGGGGCACCAAAUGCUAGUAAAAAUGGGGUGGAGUGGAGCUGGGGGUCUUGGUGCUAAUGAGCAGGGUAUUCAGGAUCCAAUUAAAGGGGGCGAUAUCCGUGACAAGUGGGACCAGUACAAAGGAGUCGGAGUCUCUCUUGAUGACCCCUAUGAAAACUACCGUAGGAACAAAAGUUACUCUUUCAUUGCACGAAUGAAAGCCAGAGAUGAAAAUUUCAAAGCGGGAGGACCCUUUCCACCAGGCUCAGGUCCACCAGGAAACAUAAAGCGGGAGUGCCAGGAUCCGCCAGCACAAGAAUGACCCAAUCCAAGAUGAAGUCUGUCGUCUUAUUCAGAACUGUGGCAGUUAGACUC